GGAGGCCGGCCGGCCGGCUGGCACUGAGGGGAGUAUAGGGGAGUCGCGCCGCGGGGAGCCGCCCACUGAGCCCAGAAGGAGUCUUAGGACCGGUGGGACGGAGCGUCCGAGCGCCGUUGCAUCGCAGAAGUGCAAACGCAGAACUCAAGAUGACUGUUCUCUUGGUUUUUGUGGCUGCUUGCUGGAUGACCGUUGCUGGUUAUAGUAGUGGAAAAGUGACCGUGUCCUGCGAAAGCAUGUUACCAAAACAUGGAGGUCAUGUACCUAGUCCCACACCCAGCCCUUAUGAAAUAAUAGUGGAUAAAAUUAAUUUCAACCCUGGUGAUCAAAUUAAAGUAACCCUUUCUGCACCUGCCCCUCUGGCCACGCCCUUCAAGGGUUUCCUAAUCGAAGCUCGAGACGCAGCGAACCUGAAUAGUGAUGCAGUGGGAACUUUCACACUUGUGAAUCCAUCUGUUUCGCAGCUUUUGAACUGUGGGCCCACACAGGGAUCUGCCGUCAGCCACACCAGUGCAGAUACACAGGUGGAAAUACAGGCCAUCUGGAUUGCUCCACAAGAUGCCCCACAUUCUGUCCAGUUCCUAGCAACUGUACUUGAAGACUACUCUGUCUACUGGGCACAAAUUCCAGGCCCAAUUGUAUCCCAGAGUGGGGUAGCCCCUCCCUCACAACUGCCUGCCACAACAUCUGCUGGGACCACAACUCCAUCAAAACUGCUUGAGCCUUUCAGCUCAGAGGGCUGUGGCCGCAACAUGUCCUGCCUCCGGGACCCAGUGGGCUGUGAUCCCGGGUCUGACCCUCGGUGCUUUUUCUUGUCUUUCACCCACAUGGGUCAGACAGUACAGUUCCAACUCAGUGGUCCUGCUGAGGGAUAUGUGUCGUUUGCCUUGUCCUUUGACAAAUGGAUGGGGAAUGAUGACGUAUACCUUUGUGUGCGGAAUGGUGAUCUUGUUGAAAUCAGUCCUGCGUAUGCUGAAGGUCGAACACAUCCAGAGCUGGAACCUGAGGGUGUGCUGACUGACGUGGCGUGGAGGUUAUCUGAUGGGAUCAUUCAGUGCAGCUUCCGCAGAAAUAUUCACAUCCCAAACAACCAGAACAGGUUCAAUCUAGAUGAGAGGUUCUACAUAUUUUUGGCACAUGGUACGGCUGACUUUGGUGUGAUCCACAGGCAUAAUCGACAGCCUCUUAUUUCUACUAAAGAAAAAGUAAUUUCUGGAAUGCCUGAGAAUUUAAGUGGUUCACGCUCUCCUUUGAUAAUUAAGUUUCAUGGCGCCCUUAUGUUCAUUGCCUGGGUGACAUUGGUGAGCACUGGUAUUAUUGUUGCACGAUUCUUUAAACUGGAGUGGCCCAAUACAACACUGUUUGGACAGAAGGUUUGGUUUCAAGUGCAUCGUGGGCUGAUGAGUCUAACAGUGCUGCUCACCUGUAUCAGUUUCACUCUUCCCUUCAUUUAUCGUUGGGGCUGGAGCAAACGUGCUGGAGCUCAUGCAUGCCUGGGCUGUGUUGUCAUGGUCUUCACCAUCCUCCAACCCCUUGGAGCUGUCUUCAGACCCCACCAGGGGUCCCCGCGAAGACACAUAUUCAACUGGCUUCAUUUUGGGGGAGGUACUAUUAUACAGAUAAUGGCAGUUGCAGCAGUGUUCCUUGGCAUGCAGCAGCAAGCCUUGCUUCUGGAAACACCCUUGUGUAUGGGUAUCACCGUUGGCAUCCUCUGUUGGGGUGCCAUGGCAGCUCUGUUGCUGGAACUUCAUGAGAGACGCCUCCUUAAAUGGGUGGAUAAAUUAAGAGAAGAUGAAGGUGGAGUCCCCUUUGCAUCUGCAAGUGUACAGCUGCAGGAUGUCCUGUUUAAAAAGGUGGUCCUGGCAGUCUACAUCAGUGGAAACCUGGCAUUCUUGAUCACACUUUUGUAUUUAAUAAGCAGUGUGUAAGAAAUCUUGGGAGUGGGAUUCUCGAAGUGAUGUAUGAGCAGUGGGACACUGAAUCUCUAUUCUCGUAAGGCAAAUCUGCACAUGACCAAAUAUGUGUGUGAAUUUGGGUUUGCUUGAAAUUGUUGAACAAUGAGAAGUGCUGAUAUAUGGAUUUAGAUCUUUUGUUUAGGUCCAUAAUUCUGGGUCAGUUUUAAAAACCAAACAAUAAUUUUUUAGAAAAUAUUAAUUGUGCAAGUCUCCGAUUAAUGGAAACCUUGCUGCAAAUCAGAAGAUCAAAUUUCGAAAAUGAG